AUGGACACAGCAAGUCUUUCCAGCAACUGGAAGAAGUUACAGGCAACUCUCAAGAAAGGAAGUGCCUCAACCUCGGCACCGGCCUCCAAAUCGGCCUCGAAACGCAAGGUUUCUGAUCGCGAGUCCGGACAUGGCACCGUGAAGAAAACAAAGUUCACUCAGAAAGACCAGUCAAAAUCCAGAGACUCAAAACCACUCCUGAAGAGGAAAAGAAUGGCGGACGGAGCAGAGACUGAUUCGUCCUCGACAACUUUACGGAGGAAGUCUAGCACUGCAACUUUGUCCAAGACUCCGACGGAAACACUCAGAUCGAAAGAGAAUGAGGGCCUCUCCGCUACCGCUGAAAUAGGAAAAUAUGUCGCCAUGGAUUGCGAAAUGGUAGGCGUUGGACCGCACCCCGACAACGACUCCGUCCUUGCACGAGUUAGUAUCGUCAACUUCAACGGCGACCAGAUCUACGACUCCUACGUUCGGCCUAAAGAGAUGGUUACAGAUUGGCGAACACACGUCAGCGGCAUUAUGCCGAAGCACAUGGUGGAAGCGCGAACCCUCGAAACAGUCCAGAAAGAGGUAUACGGGAUCAUGGAAGGACGGGUUCUUGUCGGUCACGCCGUGAGCAACGACCUCGAUGCCUUGAUGUUUGCUCACCCGAAGCGUGAUAUUCGUGAUACAAGCAAGCACGCGGAAUACCGGAAAAUUGCCGGCGGUGGAUCCCCCCCGACUGAAGAUUCUUGCGGAGCACUUCCUUGGGUUGAAGAUUCAGGAAGGGGCGCAUUCUAG